UGUUGCUUAACGCCACCCCCUCCCUCUCCUAACCUUACGUCUCUCUCUCUCUCUUAAACCUCACUCAGAUUUUUUUUUUCUCUUCUAUUUUUGUCGUCUGGAGACAUAUUGCGAAGAACUAGUGGACUUGCUAUGGACUCUUCUGCAGAGAGUCAAAGCCCCUGCUCGCCACGGGACAUGGAUUUCGAUGCAGGAGGAGCGGAAAAGCGCAGCUCCUCCUCCGCUGCCGUUAAUCAAGCUCUCCAGCUUAUAGAAUCGGAAGACCUAGAUUCCAAGCUCCAAGCCGCUCGUGAAAUUCGACGACUCACCAAGACCUCAUGCAGGAAUCGGCGGCAGCUUGCGCAAGCUGUUAAGCCGCUUGUGUCCAUGCUUCGAGUCGACUCGUUCGAUUGUAACGAAUCCGCCCUCCUCGCUCUACUGAAUCUGGCCGUCAAAGACGAGAGGAAUAAGAUUAACAUAAUUGAAGCCGGUGCCUUAGAACCAAUUAUUAGCUUCCUUCAGUCACAUAAUUCAAACCUGCAGGAGUAUGCAGCUGCCGCUUUGCUCACACUGUCAGCAACUACCUUCAACAAACCGAUAAUAAGUUCUUCCGGUGCCAUUCCUCUCCUUGCGGAAAUCCUUAGACAUGGAAGUGCACAAGCUAAGGUGGAUGCUGUUAUGGCUCUUUCGAAUCUCUCAACACACCCAAAUAAUCUCUCAUUGAUUCUUGAAACAAGGCCAACAUCUUCAUUAGUUAACUUACUCAAAACAUGUAAGAAAUCUUCAAAAACAACUGAGAAAUGCUGUGCCCUUAUGGAAUCUCUAGUGAGCUUUGAUGAAUGCAGAACUGCAUUGAUUUCUGAAGAAGGUGGAGUGCUUGCAGUUGUUGAAGUUCUUGAAAAUGGCUCUCCCCAAAGUCGGGAGCAUGCAGUUGGGGCACUGCUAACUAUGUGUCAGAGUGACAGAUGUAAAUAUAGAGAGCCAAUUCUUGGAGAAGGUGUAAUUCCUGGUCUUCUUGAGCUCACCGUUCAGGGAACACCCAAGUCUCAGGCGAAAGCACAGAUGCUGUUGCGGUUACUGAGGGACUCUCCCUAUCCUAGAUCAGAGCUUCAACCCGACACACUCGAGAAUAUUGUUUGCACAAUUAUGUCUCAGAUAAAUGGAGAUGAUCAAUCCAGUAAGGCAAGGAAGAUGCUGGCCGACAUGGUGCAAAUCAGCAUGGAACAAAGCUUGAAACACUUACAGCAAAGAGCUGUGGUAUGCACCCCAAGCGAUCUACCUAUUGCAACCUGUACUUCUGAAUUUUCUUCCAAAUGAUGUUUUUGGUUCAUUAGCUUUGUUUUUUGACUGUGUGCCUAUGAGAAGACGUAGAUACAGUGCAAAAUGUCCAGAACAGAGAAAAAAAAUGCCAGUCCUGGCCAUCAUGAGGGGGCAUCAGGUGACUGGUGAAUGUCAAUAAUUUGAAAAGUGUAUGAUGCUGAAACUAUAGUUAUGUAGUUUGGCUGUAUAGAAACUGUUGUAUCAAAUGUUAUACAAUUAUUGAAGCUUUCCCUUUUUUUCUUC